AAUAAUUAUUGAUGUAUAUGACUUUGUAGACUCCAACCUUGGAAAGGGUAUAGAUAAUAUCAAUUUUGUUAGAGUAGCGUAAUAACUCUGGCUUUAUUGAUAAGUAUAUUGCCUUUACAAUAUAGGCAUGGUGCGUAAAGUAGAUUAAGCUGUAAACAAAAAAAUUCUAUUUCAAAAGAUGAUACUAAAAUGAGACGGUUAAUCCCUUUCUAGAACUAAAUAAUGAUGAUAUUAACCUACAUUAUUGGUAUUGCCACCGUUAAAUAAUUACCUUGAAACGAAUGAAACAACCAAUCACAUCGAUUUACCAUCAAAACAAAAUAAAAGUUUGUGAAAUAGUUAAAACAUCUGAACAUAGCAUAGAUUACGAGCCAAUGAACUAAUUAGUUGACGUGUGAACGGUGUAACAUAUAAAUAUCGCACAAGUUCGAGUGAGAAGGAAGUGGGCAAUUUUCCAACAUGAAUUUGAUGUUUCGGAAGAACUUCAGCGGGGAGAAGACCCUGGUUAGCAGCGGGGGCGGGGGCAAGGCGCGCGGGGCGCUCGGGGCAGGGAGAAACGCCAAGCGGCGCGACCGAGAGAGAUUCAACUGCAUGGAAGAACACCAUUACAAGACACAUAUUUUGUUCUCGGCGGUGCCCAGGACUAGCACACAGUACAACGAUGGCUCAGAAAGAUGCGGGCCGGUGCUCAGCGGGGGCCUGGGUCCCGAGCCGGAGCCGCCGCAGCCGCUGGUGACGCGGGAGCCGUCGGUGUCGCUGCUGCGGUGGGAGCGCCCCGCCACCAACGCCAGCAGCGACCGCCGCCGCGCCCAGCCCGUGUCCCUCGCCACGCUAGAGAAAGACUGCUUCGUCAUUCCGGCGCACGCGCUCGAGCGGUUCUUGCCUGAUGGCGUGCCCCUCCCAGUACCACCACCGACACCAGAGAAAGGACUAACGACAAAGACUGGCCAAAACUCAUUGAGCAUACUAGAGAUCGCUGACCCCAAACUGUGUAUCCUGGCGCAUCUGAUGAGCCCACUGGAACCAAUAGAGCCAAUACUGGAAUCUCCUCUCGCCAAACCUUUGAUCAAACAGAAGACAGCAGCAAGCGAGCUGUUAAACGAGGUAGCUCAAGCAAACACUGCUGUUGGUGGAAUGCUGUUGGCUAAUAUGGAGAAAAAUGCAGAGUUCCCGUUUAUAUCAUACUAUGUUAUAAAUACGACGCAAACUGACCCUUUGUUGUUCUAUAAUAAUAUGCGAUGUGCUUCGUUGUCGAAGUUUGACCCGAAGACGAUAAGGUAUUCGGCGGCGCAUACCCUGGACCUGUACAGUGAGGUGGCCAUGAUCUGCCGGCCGCCCUUCAACGAUCUUGCUGGUGGGCCCAAGAAGUCACACACACCCACUACGGGAUUCAUUAUUAGUGUUUAUAAGGUGUUCGAAGGCGAUGACGGCGAGCGUUUCGAACGCAACUGGCUGUACUGGACUGGCGCCCGGAUGCUGUACAGACAUCUGCCCCACACAGUGGGCAUGCGAAAGAUAGCCCUACACAAAUCCGUCGCGGCUCACGGGGACAAAAUGUACCUUUUAGUUUGCGAGUGUGCCAACCUCAUGGACGAUUUGUCCGGCGCCGCCAUGUUGGUGACAGCGUUAAGGGCGCGGCUGUGUGGCUACACGGGUCUAUAUCGACCCAUACAGACUUUCUAGUAGAGGAACACCGGGCUAGUCGGCCUGGACUGUGUUGUUUUGUAAAUGGCUUUUUAGGUUGUUUCAUGUGAUUUUUUGGAUUGUAAUAGAUGAAUGUAAUCAUGAAUAAAGAAAAAAUGUAUAAAGGUUAUUGAAUAAACAGGUCAUAAAAACGUUAUUCAACGUAACAUGGAACGUUUAUAACCUUUUUCAAUUUUUAUUUAAUUAUAUGCAACCUAAAAAGUCGUUUCAAAAUGGUUACCAACACACGUCACAAACAAAAGGACCAAAACUUAAACGUUUAAGUAUAUCUAUAGUGCGUUACAGUACGUAUGAAACGUUUAUUGACAAAGUGUUCUUUCGACAUUAAGAUAAAGUAUUAUGUAGUGGUCAUUUCAUUCAGUUCCAUCACCAGCAUACAUGGCCAUUGCUAUUUACUGAGUAUGAGAUUAUUAUUUUGAACUUUUUAUUAAAUACAAGUAUAUGUAUUGGAUAAGCAAGCUAAAGUGGCAGUGGGCAGGGCACAUAGCUCACAAAACGGAUGGCCGAUGGGGCAAGCUUUUGGAGUGGAAGCUACGAAUUGGCCAGGCCAUGCCAGGCCACAAUUCACGGACGUCCAUCACGAGGUGGAUAAAUGACCUCAUAAAAGUCGCACGAGGUCACUGGAUGCAGGCCGCUUCCUACAGGUCGAUCUGCAAAUCUUUGGCGGUGGCCCAUGUUUAGCAGUGGAAAUCCUGCGGCUGAUGAUGAUGAUAUUUUUGAAUAAAUGUGAUUAAUAGAUUUAAUUUUGUUUGAAUUGAAUGCAUUACUGUUCGAUUUAUAAUUUCGAAGAGGAAGCUUAUCCAUGGUUACCACAAAAAAUUGAUUAUCCAGUAGAACAAGGAUAAAUGUAAUAACAUUAUUAGCCCUAAGUUACGUUGUCUCCAUACUUCUAUUUAUGAUUAUAUUAGCAAUAAAUAAUAAUGCAACGAAUAUAAUGCAAAUAAUUACUAUCAUAUUCAUAACUGGUGAUGGAACACAAUUUUCUAAUAAUUAUAAGCUAAUAGGUAAAUAAAUUGAUACCUAAAAAACUUACUUUUAUCUCUUACUGCACAGUGUCAAAUAAACUAACGAGUAGGUUACAUCGGCGGUUUACCAUUAAUAAAAAUGAUCUAAUAACAAUUAUAGAUAUGUGGAAUGCAUAGAAUAUGUCUUUUAAGGCCAUGGCGUGAAUGCGUUUUGUAUUAAAAAAAUAUAUAUUAUCAAAAAAAUAUCUAUAGAACAUUAUUUUUAUUAUCGACAUAACUUAUUUUUCACUGAAGGCUUCGACAAAAAAGAAACUUUUAUUACUUUAAUGUAACAUUACGCUGGCGACGAACACAUUAUAAUUACAAAAAAAACUCACAUACGGUAAAAUGGAUUGCAAUAAAAAUAUUUUAGCAAGCAGUAUUCCAUCUUUAAUAUAUUUUUUCAAGUUUCAAGUAACACAUAACUCACACGCAAUUUUUUUACUACGUUACAUUUUUGCCUCAUUUCCUUUUCUCUAUUAGGUACAGUUUAGGAAGAUAUAUAAAAUAUACUUAUAUGAUUUUCCUCUGUGACUAUUAAAUAAAAAAGCACUUUUCUUACACAAAUAUACACGCACUUAGGUCUUGCAGCGAGAUUUGUUGGGUUUAUUGUAGUGAUUCUAAUAAGGUAUUCAGAAUUCAGAACGUAAGCAUGUGUUGACAUCACACGCACAACGUACACGUCAAAAUAUUGCUACGGUAUACAUACAUAUUAAUUGAAUUUUACGCUGCGUAAUAUGAAGUAAUUUUACUUGUUCCACGACGCAAACCAAAAUAAAUCGACGCAACGAAUUAUAAGUUAAAUAAAUCCAAAAUCUUCUCACUACGUAUAACAUUUGUCAGCUUAGUUACAUUUUGAAAUAAAACUCAUGCCCAUACUGCAACUUAGUUCGCGGUCGCCAAGACUCAAGAUAGAGCAAUUUUCUUGCGGCAAGUUUCAUGAGGCGAGCCUCGUCUACGAAUGCGUGCAAGAAUUGCCUCGCCAUUGUGUUUGAAGUUUUAGACACGACAAGUUUGUUACCUUUUAAGAAUCGCACGUGUGAGGUGGAAAUUGCUCCGUCGACUAGAGGCUUUACUUGGGAAAUUUCUUGGAGAUAACUUUUGUGUAAAUGUUGUUUAAUUUCACGGAAUUCUGCAUAUCUCCCGUACAUAUCAUAAUGUAUUCAAGAUUUGAAUGUAACUUGCAGAUAAUAUUUAAUUAUAAUUAUUUCAAAUGUAUUUUAUUUUUAUGGCUCAAAUAUAAACUAUGGAGUUUAAUCUAUAAAACUAUUAUUUACAAAUACUUCUUAUAAUUUCGUAAAUAGACAAUAUUUUCAAAUAUUCGCAAUUUAUUUGAUAUAAUGUGUCUAUUGUUGUAAUGUUAUCGAUUAUCGAUUAUAAUUAAUUGUCUUUUCUUACCUCUACAUAAUAUUAUUACCUAUUUUACUAAACGGGAUAUGUAUCAUGAUUCUUAUCUGAAAAACAUUUCUUUGUACUCAGAUGUAUCCGUUAAAAUUAUCAAAUAACCAAUAUUUGCUUCAUUCUAAAAAGGUAAAAUAGAAUUUAUAGCUUUCUAAAAUUACACUAGUACCAUAUUUCAACUUAAACUUAGUUCUUGCUAUUUCAAAUACGCACAAACACGAAUGAUUAUUCAAUCAUUUUAGAAAUAAUAUAGCAUGUAAGUUUCACAUUCAAAAUAAUUAUUAGUAAAGGGAUGUUAAGAACCAAAAAUAUUUUAUGGUUAUAUGAAUAGAAUCAAUUAUUGAAAAAUAAUUGAGUUUGCAUCAAUGUGGGCAAAGACGAAAAGUGUUCUUUGACCGUUAUAGUAGGGCGACCUAAGCAGCUCAAGGCUUAAGGGAACUGUCACCCAAGCGCAGAUCGCUGGGAGGGGCCGCGGGAGUAGGUGGGGCGCUACGGACCCCAAUUCGAAAAUAUAAAAUAGCUUUAGAAUAGUAGAUAUUAUUGUGACCUAAAAAGGUCGCCGGGAAUAAUCGUUCGGAACGCCCAGGUACCUAAGGCUGGGGCUGGCCAUAAGACUCUAAAGAACAAAAAUACUCACAAAAAAAAUAUAAUACUAUAGAUAUUUGGUUCUCAAUCAACUCAACUCUACGCGUAGGUACCUACAGUAAUAAGUAUUUAUUUUGCUAUGGUGCUAAAUUAGUCAAUUUGGAGUUAGGUAUUAAAAAUUGCUUGCAGUUCACGUUUUUAAUCUUGCUUUAGUUUUAAUAUAAGCGAAUUGAACAUUGAUACGUAAGUAAAACACCAACUAACAUGAUAAUGAGGGCUGUUCUCAGAAUAUUGCCAGUUAAAUAUUAAUACUUAUAACGUACAACUAUAAUUUGUGUUCAAUUGAAAGCAGUUCUUAGAGUAACAUUAAGUAUUUUAAUCCAUUCUAUGCUAAAUCGAAGUCCUGUGAUUUUAAAUCAGUAUUUUUAAUCUUAUGCACAAUAGGAUAAAAAAAAUCAAUGCAGACAAAUUUAAAGUUUUACAAGGAUAAAAUAUUUCCGCUUUUAGCAUAGAGAGGAUUAAAAAAAUAACACUUUUAAGUGUCAAAUUGAGUCAUGGCCGAUUUUAACAACCUUUCCCAAUCUCUUACUUCAGAUUUAACAUAAGAAUAAACCAAUUAAAAUAAGACAUUUGUAAGUACGUCAAACAAACUAUAAUCUGAUUGGUCCAUUUCUGCUAUCGACUCAAAGACAGCGAUUGGGAUCGUUUAUUAAAAUCGGCUGUUAUCGGGUUAAGUAAUAGGAUAAUUAUUAGUCAGUUACGAGAGUAUGAAAUCUAGAGUCAAAGAUACCUAUGCUUUGUUGUUAUUAAAGUUUUUGAGAUAGAGUAAUGCUAGAGUGAUAUGCGAAUUUAAAUACGAUUGCACAAAGUCCAAAUUUAUGUAAAAUACAAUAACAUUUCUAAAUUAUUAGAUAAGCUUGUGUAGAAUAACGAUUAAUAAAAUUCAUGUUGGAAAUAUGGCAAAUAUCGAAACGAAACAUUUGUAUGACAUGUUCUGGGUUACGAAAAUGUAAAAUAUAACUUGUUCAGCUUGUGAAGCGAAAUUUGGUUACGGGCUAAGCUCUCAUAGUUUGUUUAGAAUUGAAUUUAAUCGAAUUUCAAUUAUUUUUAUAAUAAAAUCUCGAAUUUGA